CUUCCGCUAAUCGCAGGAUCAGCUGUUGGCGUUAGUACCAAGAUGGCGCACUGUCCGGUAGAUUGUCCUUCUGAGGCCGACCGAACCGGGGACCGAGGUGUACUGAGGAGGUGUAGGGGCCGACCGAGGCUCACAGACUCAGACCGAGCUCAGCGGAGGUUGGAAUCCCGAAAGAAGUACGAUGUUAGGAGGGUGUACCUCGGAGAGUCCCACAAGCUGUGGAGCGAGCUCCGCAGGAGGACCAGCCUGAGUGAUGCUGGGCUGGCCGAGUACCUCAUCCUGCUCAAUUCUACUUAUGGAGACAAAUACCGGCAGGAAUGCUGCAGAAAGAAGAUUGCAGCAGAGGUAUCUGGGGAACAGCAAGGAGGUAGAAAACAACGUGUUUCCAGCCUCCAGAGACUGGUGAGUUGGUACCGGGAACACUCGGCCUCCUGCCCCCACGAGCCCCAGCUCAGAGCUCUGGAACCCAAGCCUGACUGCUCCACUGCGGCCGUCUGGCAGUGCGUCUCGGACCACUCCUUUGUGCAGUACCUUUACUCCCCACUGCAGGAGGUCAGUGGCUCAGAGCAUGAGGAGAGAGGAAGCGGGGAUAGCGAUGGAGAGACAGCAAACACAACGGACCCGUUGUCGGUUAAAGGCACAGGGGCCAGACAGAGAAGAAAAGAAGGUCACAAAAAGUGUAAAGAUGAACUAAUUGAUACUAUAAACCAGCCUGAAGAAGAUGGAGGUCAAAACAACCAGCCAAGGAUAGAGGCUUCAUCUCAGGACACUACACUGGUGGGACCGCCUGCCUGGGACACAGAAUCUUCGCAUUCUGCCUCUGCUGAGGAAGAGGAGGCAGCAGCGCUUGAGGAUGUGGGUCGAGGUACAGAUGAAGAAGGAGAGAAGGAGAAGCUCAGGGAAGAAGAAGAAGAAAUGAGAACUUUUGGGACCGAUUACGAAUACAACACCACAGCAGCGCCUUUACCCAAUGAACUGGACAUGGGGAACGAGGGCUCCCAGUGCCUGAAUGGUUCCGUUCCUCUGAGUGCUCAGAUGGAGCUGUCUGUCCCACCAGCUGUGCAAGUCCAGGAGCGGGCUGAGCUGUUCGACCCUCAGUCUCUACAGACAGUGGUGACAGGCUGUGAAAUUCCCAACCAGCGGGCAGCUCUAGAAGGCUCCCAGUUAAUUAUCAUCACUGGUCCCAGCUAUGAGGCCUUUGCAUCAGAAGGAGUCCAGCUCAACAUGGGGUGCGGAAAUAUGGAGGAAGUUACUUGCACUGUCAUUGGCGGUGUCACCUACAACCAGCUGUGUACGCCCGACUUCAAAGUCCGAUCGGCACAAGAGGAAGAUUCCCUGACAGGUUUGAGUGAAACACAGCUAGUGCAGAACACUGUUGAUAACCUGGAGCUGAGCAGUAACAGAGAGCUGCAGCGGGGUCUCAGCAGUGUCAGGUCAAAGAGAAACAGGCGAGGGCCAGUCAUUGAAGCAGACGGCAUGCUCAAGAUGUUCCACUGUCCUUAUGAAGGCUGCAGUCAGGUUUAUGUAGCAAUCAGCAGUUUUCAGAAUCACGUGAAUCUAGUUCACAGGAAAGGUAGGACCAAGGUUUGCCCUCACCCUGGCUGUGGAAAGAAAUUCUACCUGUCAAACCACUUGCACCGUCACAUGAUCAUCCACUCAGGGGUCAGAGAUUUCAUCUGUGAGACAUGUGGGAAAUCAUUUAAGCGCAAGAAUCAUCUGGAGGUCCACAGACGGACCCACACAGGAGAAACCCCACUCCAAUGUGAAAUCUGUGGCUACCAGUGCCGCCAGCGCGCGUCCUUAAAAUGGCACAUGAAGAAACACACUCCUGAGGCACUUUACAACUUCACCUGUGAGUUCUGUGACAAGAGGUUCGAGAAGUUGGACAGUGUUAAAUUUCAUAAACUAAAGAGCCACCCGGAAAAGCAGAUGACCUGAGGUGUGUGAGGUCAACUCGCCAGCAAAUCGAGGCUCUCCUUGGAUCACAUGGCUAAUGUCUGGUUUCAAGGAACAUCACCUUGUUCAGACAAUACUGAAGUGAGCCAGUCAAACAGCUGUGCAGGACACAGACUGUGACAGAGUGGAAGGUGCUGUGGGUUUUAUGAUACUGCUUUACUAUCACAGGAAAAUGUGCAAAGGAAAGCUCCACAUGUUCUCAAUAACCGCUAACUACCUUAUUGAAUGCAGUAGUAACUUACAUUCAGGGACAGUAAUAUUUAGUGAUGCUGAUUAAGUUUUUAUCCCUGAACAUCACAUACUGAUCAUUAAUUUUAAGUGGGAUCUGGGAUCCCACAUCGUCAAAAAUGAAGUGAAUUGUAACCUGUGGAAGUCUCAGCAGUUUCAACUUUAGUUUUUUGUGUUUCAGCUGUUAAAACAGGAGGGAGUGUGAUUUAAAUUUUUUGAGGAGUCCUUUAAUAUCCAGCUAGGGAAAGUUGCUGUUUUCAAGCCAAUGUGGUGGGUUAAUAUUAAUGCAAUAUGACCCAUGUCUGGUAAAUUUCCAGUGAAAAUUAGGACCAGUGAAGGACCUGGCUGAGUUACUAGUUGGAUGUUAUAUUGUGUUUUAUGAUAGGAAAGUAGUUGAAUUGGGCUCAGUAUUGUCAGUGUAUCCCAUGUGAGUUUAAUUACUCUUCUCAGGAAACUCCCAUAAAAUCCAUUUUGCUCUUUAUUUGUUUUUUCUGUUUCACCACUGAAAUAAAUGCACUUUUCCUUUUUGUAUCAAUUACAAAGUUGUGAGUGUUUAUAUGAAAUAAAUAACUUUCUUGUA